CGUAUUUUCUUUUUGUCCAAACAAGGAGUUAAAAUACCGACAACAACCACAACACCAACAAAAUGCUAACCCGAACACAAAAAUUAAUAUUGGGUGUUACCAUACUCAUAAUGGUCGAUGUGAUAUGGGUAACCUCCAGCGAAUUGACAAAGUUUCUCUACGACGAUGAACACUUUGAUAAGCCCUUCUUUUGCACAUAUUUUAAAACAUCGAUGUUUACAAUUUAUUUAGUAAUCAUUGGUUUGCUAGCACCCUGGAAGGAAUCCUGCGAUAGACAAAAUGGCAACUAUUCAAUGAUGGAUCAAAAUUCCGAAGAUGAUAAUUACUACUCCCACCAACCAUCAUUGAGUGAUCCCACAUUCGUUCCCAUUCGCUCGGCAGCUAGUAUCGGUAAUGGUCCUAUUUCCGGUACGGAAAGUGAUGAUUCCAGUAUACGGUCAGUGCGUUUUAGUAAAUUGGCCGAAGUGCGGGAAAUGUCAGCACAUGAGGCAACAGAGGCCCUAAUGGCCAGACUCUCUUAUACGGCCAGUAUGCGUAUAAGUCGUCAAAAGUCGCAUCAUAAAACAGCCAAAACGGCAUUGCUGUUUUGUGUUUUGUGGUUCUUGGCCAAUUAUCUCUUUCAAGUCUCAUUGGAAAUGACUGAAACAGCAGUGGUGACUUUAUUAUCAUCCUCCUCGUCCCUAUUCACCUUGGUGUUGGCAGCAUUUUUCCCCUCAGCAACGGGUGAUAAAUUUACCAUAACAAAAAUUAUUGCAGUGGGUUUGAAUAUUGCUGGGGUGGUCACAAUAACAAUUUCCGAUAUCCAUGAUACGAAUUUUUCCCGUGGUGCUUUGUUGGCCUUGUUUAGUGCAUUCUUCUAUGCUGCCUAUUUGGUGUUUGUCAAAAGAAAAAGUGACACAGAGGAGAAAAUCGAUAUUCCAUUAUUUUUUGGAUUUGUGGGCCUUUGGAAUCUUUUGUUGAUGUGGCCAGUAUUUUUCAUAUUGAAUUUUACAAAAAUCGAAAAAUUCGAAUUACCAAAUCAAAAUCAAUUUGCCAUUUUAUUUUUAAAUGGCCUAAUUGGUACAGUGGUCUCUGAGGCCUUGUGGCUGUGGGGCUGUUUUUUAACCUCCUCCCUAAUCGGGACAAUAGCCAUGUCCCUGCAAAUUCCCCUAUCAAUAUUAUUUGAUGUCUUCCUCAAAAGAAAACCCUACUCACCGCUAUUCUAUAUUGGCUCUUUGCCAAUAUUUUUUGCAUUAAUAUUGGUGGCACUCUUGAUGCGUAAUGAUGAAUCGGAUCCGCUGAUGCGUCUAUUUAAGGUUAUCUAUAGAAAAUGUUGCAGUUGUAAAAAACCAAAUAUUGUUAGAAUAAAUGAUGAAGAACAACAAGAAUCGCUUAUUGGAAGCAAUGACUGAUCAUUUUACUAAGUUCACGAUGUCG